GGAUUUGUGGCAGUUCUGCAGCUUUCAUUGAAGAAGGAGUUUUACCCAUGUGUCUAUAUUCAUCUUGGCUCCAAUGAUGUUCAAGCCAGAGAGGAUGUGUUUUAUAGGAGAGUCACUGAGGUAUGUGAUAGUAUCCACGAGACGAGUCCGGAAACUGAGAUUGUUUUAUGUUCUAUUCUGCCACGAAAAAAGAAUGACAGACGAGUAUCUUCAACAUUAGCGAGAGUCUUCAACAGAUGGAUCCAGAAUGCUAACACCAUGCUAAUGGACAUUUCAGAGGCCAUCCCAUACAUCAGAUUCCUUGGAUAUGGAGCUCAGGAAUGUGCUGAUGUGUUGGGUCGUGAUGGACUUCAUCUGAGUCGUGUUGGUGGUAGACAUUGUAGUCAGGUGAUUGAGGAGGAUGUGUAUUCCUGGAGUGAAAUAGCCUAUCAGCAGGAUGUACAUUGGAAUGAAGACAUACGCCAACCACAUUCAGCAGAGAUUGAUGCAUCAAGCUUUGACCAGUGCCUGGCAGCUGCUGUUGAACCAGUCAGUGACCAGAAUGUCCAGGCCAGCAAGCAGCCUCUGUACUCGGAAAUAGUCCGUUUGCCAGCAGCUGAAGUUCCAGAUGUUACCUCAGUGCAGCAUAAUGUGAAGUUACCAAGGCGCAAUGUAUUGAAGGUCUCUGUUAUGUUUGUUUUAAGGUAG